GCGCGCGUUCUGUAACCCAGGCAACGCGCCCUGUGGCCUAGGCAAGGAGCCGCGCUCUGAGACUCAAAGUCCCCUCCGCUACCGAGUUCGUGAAGGCGCUCCUCGACUGUGCGCACUCAAGUCCCAGCCCCCGGCCUCGUCCCGGAGCCGAGAGGCUCCGUGCAGGGGCGGCCCCUAGCCCUUCACCCUCGGAGGUCCCUCCUGCUCCCCUCUGUCCGCCCGCUUGGAGAGCUGCUGCAAGCCCGAGCCUGCCAGGCUGGGGCGGCGGGCGAACGCCUCCUCCUCGGCACCUCCCCCUUAGCUGCCCGAAGCCCGCCUGCUCCCUCCUCCGAAGCCGUGCGCUACCUGCAACGCUGUCUGCAGCGGCCGAGGCGUCGGCGGGCGCUCAGGCCCGGCCCGCUAGCCAGACCGGACCCCGCUGCAUGAUUUCCUUCCUGGUUUUUGCAUAGACUGAAGUUCUGUGGGUUCGGUUAAAUUCGGGACUUUGGCGAAGAGGACCCUUCCCCCCCCCUCCAAAAAAAAAUGGCAGCCUCCAGCCGCGCACAAGUGUUAGAUCUGUACCGGGCGAUGCUGAGAGAGAGCAAGCACUUCAGCGCCUACAAUUACAGAACUUAUGCUGUCAGGAGGAUAAGAGAUGCAUUCCGAGAAAAUAAGAAUGUAAAGGAUCCUGUAGAAAUCCAAACCCUAGUGAAUAAAGCCAAAAGAGACCUUGGAAUAAUCCGCCGACAGGUCCACAUUGGCCAACUGUAUUCAACUGACAAGCUUGUCGUUGAGAAUCAAGAGAAGCCACGGACCUAGGGAGCUGGGACCAGCCACCUCCACAGCUGUGGACCACCUUCGGCAUCCAUUCUGUGCUUGGGAUGGGGGCUCCCAACAGACCAGACCAAAGUGGCCUCUUGCAUCAACUUAAAAUAGCCUCUUGCUCUGCCUGUCCUGUAGGAGCUGACAAGUUAAAUGAGGUUUCCGUUCAUCUGCAGCCUUAGUGAAAAGGGAUGAAUGUCUCCCUUUGAUUCAAGUGUUAGGGUGAUGAGCUGGAGCUCACUCACAAUGAGGCUGUGUAUUAUUGUGUCUCCUCUCCACCCCACCCCUCUUGUGUAGCUCGUUACCACUUGUUUAGAGCACUUCCAGACUUUGUUUCUUGGUCUUUGACAAUAAACAGACUCGUCUACCUAAACCU